AUGCCUGGCUUCACAGGUGAAUCUGAGUCUCAGGACAUGCGUGACGUCAGCUACAAAGCCAUAGGUUCAAAUAUACCGCUCGGAGCCGCUCGCCCUCCAGCUCCCGAUCUCCUGAUUUCGACGCCCGCUAUCGACAACGCUCGCCAUUCCAACGAGAGAGACACGAGUCUCCGACGACAGUCACGUAUCCAGACUUUUACCCACCAUUGUCAUGAAGCCAGGGACUGUAUGAACAGUCUUGAACGCUCUCAAGAGUAUCGCACCAGAGACCACGAUCACCCCGCACGAUGCCCCAGUCGUACGGAUCUAGAGCAAGCUCUCGCUGGGGCCCUGGCAUUGUUCCGAGCCAAGAUCGCGACAACGAAGGUCCAUCUGCAGGCCAGAUGGCCGCAGAUGCCGGAUCCUUCCAGCAUCAAGAUAGGCGUCGAGAUAUUGAGGAAUGAUCAGGUAUUUCGGCGCCACUCAUGUAGCGUUAGUUCCAGCGAGGUGACCCCCACCGAGCAAGACGCAGAGCAGUCUCAACACUCCAACACCAACCGACCACAAUUCAUCUUGGCUUUCCGAAUGAGGCCGAUAGAGCAGUCGCAUCACAACUACAGCAACGAGCAUCAAGCGCAGAAAUUUCCUCCACAUACCUCGGCGAGGGACUUGUCGCCCACCCAAGACUCUCCCAUCCCUCCUCCACCACCGACAGCAUACGAUCUUCUCCGAUACAAUUACGACAUUUACAUGAAAUACGCAGAUCUGCCAAAGGGCGAAGGCUUUUUCAAUGGCCAUAAUAGCAAGAUUACACCCUCCAAGUACGGCUCAGAUUCGCGUCAUGACCUUGGUCUUUGCUUCAGCACUUUUCUUACUCGUUAUCGCUGUAAGAUGGGUCUGCAUUGUCCUUGGUGA